AUGCCUUCAUUAUUCUCAAGGUUCGGCAGCGGCACCCGGACUGGCGGGGACGAAGCCACUGAAACGGCUCGGAAUAGCACUGACAAGGCCCCUCUUGAAGGUAGCGACGAGAAAGUGAACCAGGAUGUGAAGGGAGACGAGAGCAUCGAGGUCGCCAGCGUUUCUGGAGGGGCAGAGUUAUCGUUUGAAGAAGAUGUUCAGGGCGGUAUGGGUCGUCAUCUCGGUGUGUUCAGCUGCACCAUGCUCGUCAUUGGUAAAAUCAUUGGGACUGGAAUAUUUUCGACCCCGUCUUCGAUUCUCUCCUCCGUCGGCUCUGUCGGCGCGUCCCUGCUGCUUUGGGUGUUAGGGUUUGCCCUCGCUCUCAGCGGCCUCCUGAUCUGGCUAGAGCUCGGGACGAUGAUGCCCCGUUCUGGUGGCGACAAGGUUUAUUUGGAGGCUAUGUACCCCAGACCCAAAUACCUUGCGACAAUCGUAUUCACGAUGAAUGCGAUUCUGUUGGGAUUCACUGCAUCGGGGUGUAUCGUCUUUGCGCAAAACAUCCUUAUAGCUGCUGGGCAAGAACACACACGCUGGGUUGUGCGCGGGAUAGCCCUUGGAGUUAUUGUUGCGGUGACUCUUUUGCAUGGACUCCUCCCGAAGGUUGGGAUCUUGGUCAUGAAUAUCCUUAGCGUGUUCAAGGUCGCCAUCUUAUCAGUCAUCGUAGUUGCUGGCUGGGUCGUCCUGUCUGGCAAAACACACAUCGAAGACCCACAUGUCAAUUUCCGAAACGCCUUCGCCGGGAGUUCCAACAGCAGCAACGAUUAUGCGACUGCGAUGUUCAAAGUGCUAUUUUCCUACGCAGGGUGGAGCAACGUGAAUAAUGUUAUGAAUGACGUGAAAAAUCCCGUUCGUACACUCAAGAUCGCUGCGCCGCUCGGUCUUGGCAUCUGUGCUACUCUUUACUUGUUCGCCAACAUCGCAUAUUUUGCUGUGGCCACAAAGCAGGAGAUUAUUGAUGCUAAUGUCACCGUUGCGGCCUUGUUCUUCAAGAAGGUGUUCGGGGAGAAAGCACAGAGAGCGCUGUCGGUCUUCGUUGCUUUGAGUGCAUUAGGAUUUUGGGCAUCGAACUGGCCUACGGGAAAAUCACCCCUUCCAGGGCUGAUUAUUCACCUGAUUCCUUCUAUCAUUGUCAUCAUUGGUCCUCCCCCUGCCGUUGCAUAUCCAUUCAUCCUUGAUAUCGAGGGUUAUCCAUCUCAGAUUAUCAAUUUGUUCAUCGUUAUCGGACUGUUUUGGUUGAGAUAUCGCUACCCGACGGCCAAGAGACCGUUCAAAGUAUGGCUCUCAAUUGUCGUAUUCUACAUGGCUUCGGCCGUGUUCCUUCUUGUUGCGCCAUUCCUGAAACCAGCAAAUGGAGUUGGAGACACACCUCCACUGCCCUACUAUCUAUAUUGCUUGGUUGGCAUCGCCAUCAUGGCGACUGGUUUCAUCUACUGGGGCGUCUGGCGCAUCCUGCUUCCCAAGGUAUUUGGGUACAGGCUGCAGCCAAGGAAGGUCCAGCUGGAAGAUGGGACUUUCGUCACCCUGUUCUCCCGUGAGAAGGUGGAAUGA